GAAGGGGUACGCACGGUCCCCGAGACACGUCAGGGCUCUGCUGGGUUUCGAUAUUGGAGCUACCUGAUGGAAGCAGCAGGGGCACCGCCUGGGACGGUCGGUGGCAGUUAGCGCAGACUGCGGGGGACACCAGGCGGGCUGCUUAAGCCCAGCCUACUUGUCCGGCAGGUGGAGGUGAGCAGGCGUAACCUGGGGACCAAAGCAGCCCGGACUUCUUCCUUUGGCCGCUAGAGGGGACUCCUCCAGAGCUUGGCCAGAGUCAGAAGACACGCCCUCACCCAUCUGCUUGGGGGAGAGACACCGCUUCCUUCUCCGGGAAGGCUGUAUGUAAAUCAACCAAAAGAGAUCAGAGGACUCCUUUGGCUGAGGAAGGGAGCAAGGCGGCUGCUGGAAGGAGGAGAACACCAGGAGACAUGGCUUCCAGUUCACACCCUGCCUAGCAGCAGCUCCAGAGCCCAGCCUGGCCCGGCAGGAUGUCCCACUAGACAGUCAUGGACGGAGCCCACAGUGCAGGUCUGCAGCUGCAGCCACUCCCACCCACCAGCGGCGCCACCUCCACGAGCCUGAGCAGCAGCGAAGGCUCCUUCUCCUACAAGGAAAACUUGAUCGGAGCACUCUUGGCCAUUUUUGGGCACCUGGUGGUCAGCAUUGCCCUUAACCUGCAGAAAUACUGCCACAUCCGCCUAGCAGGCUCCAAGGACCCACGGGCCUACUUCAAGACCAAGACAUGGUGGCUGGGGCUGCUCCUGUUGCUACUGGGGGAACUGGGCGUGUUCGCCUCCUACGCCUUUGCUCCACUGUCGCUCAUCGUGCCCCUCAGUGCCGUCUCCGUGAUAGCAAGCGCCAUCAUCGGAAUCAUAUUCAUCAAGGAAAAAUGGAAACCUAAGGACUUUGUGAGACGCUAUGUCUUGUCCUUUGUUGGCUGUGGCUUGGCCAUCGUGGGCACCUACCUGCUAGUGACAUUUGCACCCAACAGUCAUGAGAAGAUGACAGGCGAGAACAUCGCCAGGCACCUUGUAAGCUGGCCAUUUCUCCUGUACAUGCUGGUGGCAAUCGUCCUGUUCUGCCUGCUGCUCUACUUCUACAAGGAGAGGAAUGCCAACAGCAUCGUUGUGAUUCUCCUCCUGGUGGCCCUGCUUGGUUCCAUGACAGUGGUGACAGUCAAGGCCGUGUCAGGGAUGCUGGUGCUGUCCAUCCAAGGCAACCUGCAGCUGGACUACCCCAUCUUCUACGUGAUGGUGGUGUGCAUGGUGGCCACCGCCAUCUAUCAGGCCACGUUUCUGAGUGAAGCCUCCCAGAUCUAUGACUCCUCCUUGAUCGCCAGCGUUGGCUACAUCCUGUCCACAACAGCGGCCAUCACAGCAGGUGCGAUCUUCUACCUGGACUUCCUUGGGGAGGAAGCUCUGCACAUCUGUAUGUUUGCACUGGGGUGCCUCAUCGCCUUCUUGGGCGUGUUCCUAAUCACUCGAAACAGAAAGAAGGCCAUUCCGUUCGAGCCCUAUAUUUCCAUGGACGCCAUGCCAGGUAUGCAGGACAUGCAUGCCAAAGGGACGACGGUCCAGCCUGACCUCAAAGCUUCUUUCUCCUACGGAGCCUUGGAAAGCAACGACAGCAUUUCUGAGCUCUACACCCCGGCCACACUGCCCGUCAUGCAGGAGGAGCACAGCUCCAGGAGCACCCCUGGGGUUCCCUACCGCGUCCUGGAGCACACCAAGAAGGAAUGAUCGGCCUCCCUUUGGGGUGUCACUGCCCGGAGGUCACCAUGGUUCCACUCUUCAUUGAACAAACUGCCUUUCAAGUAUCCUGGUUUCAGAAGAAAAAACUCUGUACAAGAUGGCCUUGCAAGGCCCCUGUCUCUCGGGCAGAGAAGCCAUUCGAUGACCUUGGCUUUGGAAAUUUCAAAUAGCAGGGGAGAAUCCCAGGUGGGCUAUGUGGCCGGUUAAGCUAGUGGAAGUUGAAGCCAUUUUAUCUCCUUGGACAGUCAGUGAGCGUCAGGUAAUGGUCACAGGCUUCCACACAUUUCCUUGGAGUAAAAGCAAGACAGUGAGUCUGCCCCCUCUUUGCAAAUCCAGCAAAUGGCUGGCGACCUCCACCAUUGGUCUUCCUCUACCCAGCACGCAUGUCUCAGCUCUACCUAGUUCACUCACCAUUCUGUAACUCAGAGGAUACUGCUGUCCCUUUUGCCAACCUUGCGUGGAAAAAGCAGUCGUUUGCACCUUCCUGGCGGACAUGGACCUUCCCAUCGCCUGGGUCCAUCUGUGAAGACCGGGCGGUGUUUACUGGGUCUGUUCUGAAAACUGGCUUCGUUCCAGUCCUUAGAGAUUAUUCCAUUGCUUCCUCCCUCCAAAGAAGCCGAGAGAACAGAGGCAGAGGGGGACAGGAGCGGGGGGGGGGGGGCGCUUUCAGCCCACUCUGUUUCCAGCUAGUUAAAAAGGUUGGGAGAGUCGGAGUCUCCUGAAGAUCCACUUCAGUCUCCUCCCCGUCCUCCCCUUUUCUCCCGCUAGCUAAGCCUCAGCUGCUAUUUCACAGCCUGGUUCAGGCAGAACAGGCAUUUUCACACACAGGUCUACAGCUUUCUUCCUGUUUAUUCUGUGAGUGGCCUCCCCCUCUCCCUCCCCCACUCCCCAACCAAUGCACACACUUGAGAAUAGCUGGCAAAGGCUUGCAGGCUUUGACAGGCAUUAGAAUUUCCGAGGAGUUUCUUUAAAAUGUAAAUUCCUUGCUCCAACUGGAGUGACCUGGAUCAGUGGGCCUGGGAUGGGACCCAACAGCCUGCAUCAUCUCGGAGAUCUGAGCCCCAGAGAGCAUACCCCCUCCGAAGCCUUCUCACAGACCACUAAUUCCCAAGGGACCACACAACCCAGAAAGUUUAAACCUCCAGUUUCUUACCCUCUCAGGGCUCUGUAGGCAAGCUAUAUGGGCCCUUCGGACCUGUGGCAGUCCCUACCCAGUGAACACCACUGGAGAGUGGCAGUGUUAAUAGGUCAGUGUUUGAUAUGCCGUCCUUGGCAUGUCUCUUCACACCCAAACAGUGCUCUGACUUCAGAACUCUGCCAUCUGCUACAGAGCCUACAACCACUUCUGUAUUUCUUCUUGACCAUGUCUGUAUUGUGGCUCGCAUGCCUGAGGUUGAAAUGGGAACAGAGAAAGGGCUCUUCAACUCAGCCCAACAGCAGUAGGCCCUGGGUGCUUUUCUGAGGUCCUGGGGGCUGUUUUACCAUAUAUCUCUCACCCACAAAGCUACAAGCAUUAUACAUAGUUCUGCCCACCAGGACUGCAGGGGGACGGACACACCAGGAACCUAGGGCAGGGCAGGCUGUGUGGCAGAGAGGCCUAGCCUCACGGAGGUUUGCCAUAAGGCUAAGCCCUGAACUCAAUAGUUGUUCCGAUUGGAAACGAUUUCCAUGCAAUCAUGGUGGAAAUAUAGCUAAGAUUAGAGAAGUGGGUGAUCACACCCUCGCCCUGAAAGGAAAUGGGCAGCUCUGGAAAAUCAGAGGUUGGAACCAGGGUUGCCAAAGAGCCCAGGGAUGUGAUAAAAGAUGAAUAUCGAAAGACAAGCAGUGGACCUGAAGCACAGUGGCUCACACCCGUGACUUGGAAGACGUUGUUCUUUCCUUCAGGAGGAUAGCCGCAAAUUCUAGGCUAACCUGGACUACCAAGUGAGACCCUGUCUCAAAACAAGAUUAGCAGCAAAGAUAAUCAUAAAAGAGGUGUGAUUGGCUGGCAGAGGCAAGUAUCCCAGAGGACAUGGGAGCCACUGAAGAGUCACAAGGAAGAGCAUAACAGAGUCAGCACCUAUUGGGAACGAGACCCUGUUCUGUGGCAGCAGAGAAAGAUGGAGCAAGAAGUCACCUUUCAGGGUCAGACUCCAGGCCCCUAAGAACAAAGAAAGCUUCUGUUCUGAUCGCUGGUAGGGAUUGGGACGUGGGUGGUGUACGCAAAGAAGUAAGCAGGUUUCCCUGUGGCAAACCCGGGCUGGCACCCAUCAUUUUGGCAUGGUAUGUAUGCCCAGCCUCAUUCUGCCCCUUCCCUGCUCCUGUGGGCUGUUUAGCCAUGGCCAGCCUGAGAUACAGGUGCACUGUAACCGCAGGUGAUGCAGAAGAGGUAGGCCGUGCCACCCAGGAACUGCUUCCUGGGGCCUGGGCAGCUUGAUGGCUUUCAGGUUGGGGACAGUAGCUACCAUCAUACAAAAAGAGCCAUGAGAGAUGAGCAGAAAGGCCUUUGAGCUCCUGAGUGGAGAUGGGGCAGGGCAGUCAGGCAGUGGGAGACCCGAGUUCCCCCACAGUCCUAGAUGCCCUGCUUGGCCCCAGGUGUCACUGGAUUGUCAUUUUACAGCAGGGCUGCCCUGUUGGUAGAAUGAGGAAGGGGAAGACCAACUUUCUACCCACAACCCUGUUUUCCCUCGUGGCUCUGACAUCACCCACCCACUCCCAUCCUUCCCCACCCCUAUCCUGAAGCCAGGCAUUCAGUCUGUAGCCCAGGCUGAUCUUGAAAUCUCAAUCCUCUUGCCUCCACCUCUGGAGUGCUGGGAUUACAGAUGUGUACUACUGUGUCCAUCUGAACUCCCCUGGCCACAGGGUCUCUCUCCCAGCCACAAGGCACUCCAACAGGUUCAUUAACCAUGGGUUGAACUUCAUUUGUUCGCUUGUCUUCCUCCCUGAACCCCGAUCCGAAUCUCUGUUCUGCGGGUUGGGUUCCAGAUUAGACAUUAGAACAGAUGUGAUUGCACACUGCUGCUUUCAGAGGUGGGGUCCUGACUCCAUGCUGUGGCCUGAUGGUACUCACACUCUCAGCACUAAGGUUUGGGGUUCAUCAUGGACCUGAGUACUGGGGGUCGGGGGGAGGUUGUCUUUCCAGUGGACCUGGCCAGCUUGAGGGUAUCGUGGGAACAGACGCAGGUGGCCAUCAGAGAAGGACUGAGCCCUGCCCACCCUGCAGGCUCGCAGAUUUCAAACGUGACCCAACUCUAGCUGACACUGAAACCACCCUGUAAAUGAAGUCACUCUAGAACAUAGUCUCUGUAGAUGCUUUAUAUUUUUGUUAAAUGUCAAAACUGACACAGCAUGUGUUAUUUUGCAGAAGUGUGUAUACUGUGUGCAGAUAACAUUGUAAAGCGGUAUUUAAUUAAACAUCCAAGCAGUUCUUGCAGAGUUCGGA